AUGCAGACUGGUCGGAUUAGCCAAGCAGUUUGCAGGUAUCGUCCUCUGAUCCGAGCACUAUCCACACCAAGAAAUGUCCAUAAUCUGGCGUGCAACAGCUGCUUCAAAUCACAAAGCCAUACAGACUAUCUGAUUCACCUGACAAGGCGUGCUUUUGCUGUGUCUACCUUCAAGCAUGGAGGAACUGUCCUCUAUAGACAAGAACUUGUGAGUGUUAAGCGAGUAGUGGUCAAACUUGGAAGUGCAGUUAUUACCAGAGAUGAUGAAUGUGGUAUUGCUCUUGGACGACUGGCUUCAAUUGUGGAACAGGUUUCUGAACUCCAGAAUCAAGGAAAGGAAGUGUUGAUGGUGACCAGUGGAGCAGUGGCCUAUGGCAAACAAAAAUUGCGUCAGGAGAUCCUCAUGUCAAUGAGUAUGCGACAGACCAUGACCCUGGCUAACUAUGAAUCCAAAGCUACAGGAAAAUCCUUGAUUGAACCACGUGCAUGUGCAGCAACUGGACAAAGUGGUCUGAUGUCUCUCUAUGAACAAAUGUUUAUACAAUAUGGAGUAAGAACAGCUCAGGUGUUGGUGACAAAGCCAGACUUCAGUAAUGAUGAGAGUCGCAAAAACCUGCAUAGCACUUUGUCAGAAUUGAUACGACUGAAUAUUAUUCCAAUUUUGAAUGCAAAUGAUGCUGUAGCACCUCCUCCAGAACAAGACAAAGAUCUGGCUGGGGUAAUCAGUCUAAAAGACAAUGAUAGUUUGGCUGCCAGACUUGCAGUUGAAAUGGAUGCUGAUCUUUUGAUUUUGAUGUCUGAUGUUAAUGGAUUAUACACAAGCCCUCCAGGAACAGAGGGCUCGCGUUUAAUCCACACAUAUUCUCCAUCCACAGAUAAUACAUCUGUGGUUUUUGAAGGAAAAUCAAGAGUUGGACUUGGUGGAAUGGAAUCAAAGGUAAAAGCAGCAACAUGGGCUGUUCAGAAUGGUGUAUCAGUUGUGAUAUGUAAUGGUACAGAAGAAAUGGCCAUUUUGAAUAUUACCCAGGGCAAACAAGUAGGCACUUUCUUCACCACUGCCCAAGUCACAGGAACCCCAGUGGAAUUGCAAGCUAUGCAAGGUGAUUUCUUACAUCCAUUUCUUUGA